GCAUGCACUCUCUCUCACUAUCUCACUUUCUUACCCUUUGCCUUCGGAAUUGCUGUUCUUCCGCUCCUUCUCUCUACACAUCUCAAUUACCUAAUUCCCUCUUCCAACCUUUAUUAAUUUCUUCUCGCACUCACAACUCACAACCAUGAUUAAUGCUGCACCAGCGUUAUGCACAACCAUCAAACUCAAUUCCAAGUUUUUGAUACUUUAAUUUCCCGGCUUACCGAACAGGCGGUGGAGAGGAACAAUGUCGUCCAGUCAGGAUCCGUCAACGCUGAAUCGGCGGCCGUCGAGGACCUCCGCCAUGACGACGUUCUCCAUGGAGGUGUUCGAUAACGAAGUCGUGCCCUCCUCCCUCACCACCAUCUCGCCAAUUCUCAGAGUCGCCAACGAGAUCGAGACCGAGCGUCCCAGGGUUUCAUAUCUCUGUAGGUUCUAUGCCUUCGAGAAAGUUCACAGGCUGGACCAGAGUUCCACCGGCUGUGGCGUCAGGCAGUUGAAGACGUUGUUGCUGCAGCGAUUGGAGCGGGACAAUCCAACUAGUCUGGCCUCUCGGCUUAAGAAGACAGAUGCGAGGGAAAUUCAGUCCUAUUAUCAGCAAUAUUAUGAACAUUAUGUCAGAACUCUCGACCAAGCGGAUCAGGCUGACAGAGCCCAGCUCAGCAAAGCUUACCAGACUGCUGGGGUACUAUUCGAAGUGCUUUGUGCCGUUAACAAGACUGAGAAGGUCGAAGAAGUUGCUCCUGAGAUUAUCGCGGCUGCCAGAGAUGUCCAGGCGAAGUUGGAGAUUUAUACGCCUUACAAUUUUCUUCCUCUGGAUACUGCUGGUGCUUCCAUGCCUAUUAUGCAAUUUGAAGAGAUUAAGGCUGCUGUUUCUGCGCUUUGGAAUACUCAUGGCUUGAACUGGCCUUCUUCGGUCGAGCAACACAGGCAUAAAACCGGAGAUCUAGAUAUGCUUGAUUGGCUCAAAGCCAUGUUUGGUUUCCAGAGGGACAACGUCAGGAAUCAGAGAGAGCAUCUGAUUUUGCUUCUAGCUAACUCUCAUAUAAGGCUACACCCUAAACCCGAGCCUUUCAACCUGCUUGAUGAUCGUGCUGUGGAUUCAGUGAUGAAAAAUCUCUUUAAGAAUUACAAAACAUGGUGCAAAUUCUUGGGACGAAAACAUAGUUUAAGACUUCCUCAAGGUCAGCAAGAGAUACAGCAGAGGAACUUGCUUUAUAUGGGCUUGUAUCUUCUUAUCUGGGGUGAAGCGGCCAAUGUUCGCUUCAUGGCAGAGGGUGUAUGCUACAUAUUUCACAAUUUUAUUACACUUUCCAUCAUUGCUACCGGUGAAAAUAUCAAGCCUUCUUAUGGUGGUGGUGAUGAGGCAUUCCUGCGCAAGGUUAUAACUCCCCUGUACCGAGUAAUUGAAAAAGAAGCCAAGAAGAGCAGACAUGGAAAGGCUCCACACUCAGCAUGGUGCAACUAUGAUGAUCUAAAUGAGUAUUUCUGGUCAUCUGAAUGCUUUUCUCUUGGAUGGCCCAUGCGUGAUGAUGGUGAAUUCUUUAAAUCAACAAGUGAUUUAACACAGUCUGAACUUACGUUCUUCAUGAUGUGA